CCGUGGGCUGACAAACAGUACCUGUGGUAUCGAGACUGGUAUGGACUUGUUGUCCGGGACGUAUAUAUUUGCGGUCCUGUUAGCAUGCGUCGUGUUUCAGUCUGGCGCCCAGGAGAAGAAUUACACGGUCCGAGAAGAAAUGCCAGAGAACGUCCUGAUAGGCGAUUUGUUGAAAGACCUCAACUUGUCGCUUAUUCCCGACAAGUCCUUAACCACUCCUAUGCAGUUCAAAUUGGUUUACAAAACCGGGGAUGUACCUCUGAUUCGGAUUGAAGAGGGUACUGGUGAGAUCUUCACUACUGGUGCUCGCAUUGAUCGUGAGAAAUUAUGUGCUGGAAUCUUGUUGGAUGCCCGUUGCUUUUACGAAGUGGAAGUUGCCGUUUUGCCGGAUGAAAUUUUUAGAUUGGUCAAGAUACGCUUUCUGAUAGAAGAUAUAAAUGAUAAUUCACCGUUAUUCCCGACAACUGUCAUCAACAUAUCAAUUCCAGAGAACUCGGCUAUAAACUCUCGAUAUUCUCUUCCAGCAGCCAUUGAUCCUGACAUCGGAAUAAAUGGAGUCCAAAACUACCAACUAAUUAAGGGUCAAAGUACUUUCGGUCUUGAUAUCAUUGAAACACCAGAAGGAGACAAGAUGCCACAGCUGAUUGUUCAAAAGGAGUUAGACAGAGAAGAGAAGGAUACUUAUGUGAUGAAAGUAAAAGUUGAAGAUGGUGGUUUUCCUCAAAGAUCCAGUACAGCAAUUUUGCAAGUAAGUGUUGCUGAUACAAAUGACAACCACCCAGUCUUUGUAGAAAAGGAAAUUGAAGUCAGUAUACCAGAAAAUGCUCCUAUAGGUUCUUCAGUGACACAGCUCCACGCCACAGAUGCUGACAUCGGUGAAAAUGCCAGAAUUCAUUUUUAUUUCAGCAAUUUAGUCUCCAACAUUGCUAAGAGACUGUUCCACCUUAAUACCACCACUGGACUUAUCACUGUCAAAGAACCACUGGAUAGGGAAGAAUCACCAAGCCACAAGUUACUGGUUUUGGCAACUGAUGGUGGAUCAAAACCAGCAAGUGCAAUGGUGCUGGUAAAUGUUACAGAUAUCAAUGAUAACAUCCCGUCAAUUGACAUAAGAUACAUCGUAAAUCCAACCAAUGGCACUGUGCUUCUUUCAGAGAAUGCUCCGCUUAACACAAAAAUUGCUCUCAUAACUGUGAUGGAUAAGGAUUCUGAACAUAAUGGUAGGGUGACAUGCUUCACAGAUCAUGAAGUUCCUUUCAGAUUACGUCCAGUAUUCAGUAAUCAAUUCCUCUUGGAAACUGCUGCAUUUCUUGACUUUGAAUCUACAAGAGAAUAUGUCAUCAAAUUACUUGCUGCUGAUGCUGGCAAACCUCCUUUGAAUCAGUCAUCCAUGCUCCUGAUCAAAGUAAAAGAUGAAAAUGACAAUGCUCCAGUUUUCACCCAGUCUUUCAUAAGCCUUUCUGUUCCAGAGAAUAACUCUCCUGGUGCACAGUUGACAAAAAUCAGUGCAACAGAUGCAGACAGUGGACGCAAUGCUGAAAUUAACUACCUGUUAGGUUUUGAUGCACCACCUGAAUUUGACCUGGAUAGCCGUACAGGCAUCCUGACUGCAGUGAAGAAACUAGAUAGAGAAAAACAGGAAAAAUAUUACUUUACUGUCCUGGCACAGGACAAUGGAAUUCCACCCUUAAUGUCCAAUGCCACUGUCUUUGUGACUGUUCUUGAUCAGAAUGAUAACAGCCCAAUUUUCACUCACAAUGAGUACAACUUCUAUGUCCCUGAGAACCUUCCAAAGCAUGGCACAGUAGGGCUAAUCACUGUGACUGAUCCUGAUUAUGGAGAGAAUUCUGCAGUUACUCUCUCCAUCUUGGAUGUGAAUAAUCAAUUCACUAUUGAUCCACAGACUGGUGUCAUCCGGCCAAAUAUUUCAUUUGACAGAGAAAAACAAGAAUCCUACACUUUCUAUGUAAUGGCUGAGGAUGGUGGUAGGGUAUCACGUUCUACAACUGCUAAAGUAACCAUAAAUGUAGUUGAUGUCAAUGAUAACAAACCAAUUUUUAUUGACCCUCCUUCCAAUUACUCCUUUGAAUGGGUUUUACCAUCCACCACACCCGGCACAGUCAUCUUCAAGGUUGUUGCAAUUGAUGAUGAUAUUGGCAUGAAUGCUGAGCUUCGUUACAGCAUUGUUGGAGGAAACACAAAAGGACUGUUUGCGAUUGAACAAAUAUCAGGCAACAUUACACUGAAAGAGAAAUGUGUUUUUUCAGAUCUUGGUUUACACAGAGUAAUAGUCAAAGCUAAUGAUUUAGGACAACCUGAUUCUCUCUUCAAUGUUGUAAAUGUCAAUCUGUUUGUGAACGAGUCAGUGCCCAAUGCUACACUGAUUUAUGAACUGGUGCGCAAAAGCAUCGACUCACCUGCAACUCAAAAUACUGAAACAACUAAUUCAUCCUCGCCAACAACUGACUACGUCAAGAUUGUGGUUGCCAUUGUUGCUGGCACCAUAACUGUCGUCCUAGUGAUUUUCAUCACUGCUGUAGUAAGAUGUCGCCAAUCACCACACCUUAAGGCUUCUCAGAAAAACAAACAAAAUUCUGAGUGGGUUACUCCAAACCCAGAAAACAGGCAAAUGAUUAUGAUGAAGAAGAAGAAGAAGAAAAAGAAGAAGAAUGCCCCCAAGAACCUGCUGCUUAAUUUUGUUACUAUUGAAGAAGCAAAACCGGAUGAUGGCGACAAUGAUAGAAACAGUGUCACACUAGACCUUCCCAUUGAGCUGGAAGAGCAAACCAUGGGCAAAUACAACUGGGGCACUACACCUACUACAUUCAAGCCUGACAGCCCUGAUUUGGCUAGACACUACAAAUCUGCCUCUCCUCAGCCUGCAUUCCAGAUCCAGCCUGAAACGCCCCUGAACUCAAAGCACCACAUCAUUCAGGAACUGCCUCUUGACAAUACUUUCGUAGGCUGUGAUUCCAUCUCCAAGUGCUCUUCCAGCAGUUCUGAUCCCUACAGUGUUUCUGAGUGCAGCUACACAGUGACAACCUUCAAGACACCUGUGACUGUACAUGCCAGACCGGUAUUAGCAAGAUAA